CAAAACCUUUUCUUUAUCUAACUGUAUGGAAAUAUGCAAGAUGCCUAUCGACAAAUGCAAACGCCUUUGGUUUACCAGGAGGCCUCAUCUCGAGGACUGAAUGAAUUAAAAGAAUCAACCAUCCAGGCAGCUUCAAGUAUGGGAAAUUAUAUGGAUGCACCAGUUGAUGAGACAGUAUUUGAUUUUGAGAAAGAGAUGGAUGAUUUAUUGCCGGUUGAGGUGAAUGAGCAGCAUCUUAGUAACCUGCUUCAAGCGGUAUUGGUGGGGGAUGUGUUAUAGAGAGAGCAAAGAGAC